AUGUCGAUAUAUGUAUCAUCAUCAAGAUCAACACAUCACAACGAAAACACGAUAGAAGACAUUUGUCAACAGAAAAACCAAUCAACAAAUAAUGACGACUCAAAUUCAGUUUCAAGCAUCUUUCAAUAUGCAAAUGAUAUGGGGAGGAUGUUAAACGAAGAUCAAGAAGUUCAAAGUCCAUACAUGGGCAGUUUGGUAAUUGAUGAGAUAAAGGAAAUGGAAAUAGAAGAAGGUCAAAAAUACCGAGACAAACGCAUAUUGAAAACUAUUUUGAGUAUUUAUGCGAUAAAAAAUCAUUUUCAGUUCAGAUCCUACAAGUCAUGCAAAAUAGAGUAUAUUGCAAUGUGCAAUGAAUCAGAAUGCCAAUGGAGAUUAAGAGCGUCAAGAAGUAAGAAAACAGACGUGUUCAUUGUUAGAAAAUUCAACAAAGAACACACAUGCAAAGUGGCUGACAGAAUGGCUGAUAAAAGGCAGGCGACAUCCGAAUUAAUUGGAAAUUUCAUAAAAGACAAGUAUACAAAUUUCAAAACUGUUUAUACACCAGCAGAUAUUAUUAGAGACAUGAAGAAAGAGUAUGGAGUCGAACUAAGCUACCAGAGAGCUUGGAAAUCGAAAGAAAAGGGAUUGGACCUUACAAGAGGAAAUCCGGCUGAAUCGUACCAGUUGUUGCCUUCUUAUCUACAUGCCUUGAAAACAACAAAUCCCGGUACUGUUACCGAACUGGAAACGAGGGAAAACAGAUUUUUAUAUGUUUUCAUAUCAUUGAAUGCUUCAAUUAAAGGUUGGGGUUUUUGCAAGCCAAUUAUUGUUGUUGAUGGAACAUUUCUAAAAGCAGCAUAUGGAGGAACUCUUCUCACAGCAGCAACUCAAGAUGCCGCAAAUAAAAUAUUUCCGCUUGCAUUUUGUGUGGUAGAUUCAGAAAAUAAUGAAUCAUGGGAGUGGUUUUUUACGAAAAUUAGAGAAACAUUUGGAGUAAGAGACGAAAUGUGCAUAAUCUCCCAUCGACAUGAAAGCAUCAGCAAAGCAAUUGAAAAGAUAUAUCCCGAGGCGCAUCAUGGGAUAUGCACAUACCAUCUCUUUAACAAUGUCAAAGCGAGAUAUAGAAAAGCGAAAGGAGAAAUCAGAGAACACUUUUUUGGUGCAGCGAAAGCAUACAAUAUUGAGCAGUUUGAAAAACACAUGAAAGAACUUGACAAGCUAGACCCGAAAAUAAGGGAAUAUCUCAAAGAAGUCGGAUUAGAGAAAUGGACAACAUUUAAAUCACCAAACAGUAGGUAUUCGACGAUGACAUCCAACAUUGCUGAGUCAUUGAAUGCCACAAACAUAGCUGCAAGAGAACUGUCAAUAACGACUAUGCUAGAGUUUUUACGUUCACUUGUGCAAAAAUGGAGUAAUGCAUAUAGAGAGCGUGCAAGGGCGACGAAGACAGAUAUGUCAAAAACAGCUGAAGAAAUGUUGAAUGCAAACUACAUUCAGUCUCUGCAUCUAACGGUCAGCCCUGCAAAUGACAAUAUAUAUACUGUCACAAAGACAAUAACGCCUUUCUCGGUCAAUUUGGAAAAAGGAACAUGCUGCUGCAACAGAUUUCAAAUAGAUAGAAUACCGUGUGCUCAUGCGGUUGCUGUGAUAAGGAAAUACAACAAGAAUCCUUUACUCUAUUGCACCAAGUACUACAUGACUGAGACAUACAUCAACACAUACAGCCACACCGUUUAUCACAUGACAAAUAAAUCAACAUGGAAUAUACCACAAGAAGUUAAAGAAGUCAUCGUGCUCCCGCCAGAAUCAAGAACAAAAUCCGGCAGACCGAAGAAAAAAAGAUUUGUGGCAGGUCAUGAAAAAAAAUCUAAGAAUACGUGUUCAGCUUGCAAGAAAGUAGGCCACAAUAAAAAAACAUGCAGGAGAUGA